CUAAGUUCGUAACUUCGUGAAUGUUGCUUUUGUUACCGCUCCUUCAUGUUUCUUUACCUGUAUCAUUCCGCCUGGUAAUUACGUUUCGACGUUAUCUUGUCACAGUGUGGCCCGGUCUCGACUCAUCCACGAACGUAACGUCGACUCUCUCCAAGCCAUGUGCCACGCCGAAAACUAUUAAUCCUCGUGGUGGUGUUGCUAUCUGUCUUACUUGCUGCCUUGCCACUUUUUCUUCCUCCUUUUUGCUAGACUAGUAGUCUUCUUUGUAAGACCAUGUCAAAUUUUUCGCUUCUGGAUCGCGAUACAGUCAACGCAAACAUGCAGCUAGUGCAUGGCACGCUUGUCCAUAACGGGCGAUCUCUAGACGGCCAGGAGUACCAGCGAGGUGAUCCAGUGGCCAUCGUCGAUGCCAUUGUUAUUCGAGACCCUGAACUUCACAUCUACGAGUCCUCAAUGGGACGAAAGCCUGCUCCACUUAAGCCAUUCCACAUUCCCACCACAUCUUUCGCAACGAAGCCCAACACUCGCAUCGUUGCUGAAGGACCGAAAGCCCGACCAUACGGAAGCAUCGGCGAGCAGCACAUGGAUGGUAUGAUCGCCGACGCCAAUCCGCGGGUCAACUUUGUUUCCAUGCCGCAGAACGAGAGCAGCAACUACGUGCCUGAACAACGUGACCAGCAAAGGCAGGGUGCCAAUGCCCAAGAACCUCGGUGGGCCACGCGAGGCACCAAUGCAGAUAAUGGAAAUGCUUGGGAUACCUUGCAGAUGCCGCCACAGCACGUUCCAGAAAUGCGGCAACCCCAGUUGCCAAUGCCCCAUCGCCUUGCGGAGGAGCAAGGCAGCUCUCACAGCCACAGCGGAUCUGUGGGCCAUCGUCCUCAGCAAAUGGAAGCUAUUCACACGCAAAAUGGCCAUCGCGCUGGCCACUUGCUGGCUUGGAUUCCUUCUUCAAACGACCUUCCGUCCUUUGGAGAUGUUCAAAUGCAUCCACGGGGGCCGGAUCAGUCGAACAGACUCCCGAUGCCCGGGCUCUUCUUCCCUACGCCUGAAGAGUUCUACGAUAUUCAGAGCAACCACCCAACAUCCCAACCAUUAUCCCCCCUCCCUGCAAGCUCUUAUAGCCAGGUACAGGAAGACAGCUUGCCCUCGACUUCGCAAAGUCAACAGUCAAGACAUAUCCCGCAUCCUGACGAUUCUCACCCUUCGAUUACACGCGGAACGCAAGUCAUGGCUUGCCGAGCACCAACUCAACCCGUUCAUACGUUUACGCCGAGUGGAAUCAUCGAUUCUUUCCGACAGAGCACACAAGCUCACAUCAGCUCCUUGGAGAGUCAUUGCGAGCAAUUGCAGCAGAUCCAGGCCAGCGAUGAUCAACUUCGUCAAGCGAACGAGUCGCUCCAAGCUGCUCGACGAAACAACGAGGAGUCUUUGCGGCUUCUCGGCCUGCUCCAGCCUAUCACCGAUAUCCCUUUCAAGGGUACAGAGAAGAGGCUUCAGUCAAUCGCUGAUCAGAUUGUUGAUGCAAUCAAGAGUCUGCUUCCCGACUGCAGCGAUGGUUCUGAUAAGACGAUCGAACAGCUAGGCCAAAAAGUUCAAAGCCUCAAGGAGUUCAUUGAGUACGUUGAGGAAGUUCACCCUGAGGUGGUCAAGCGCCCGCAGGACCCCGCGACAGCAUCUACGGAUAAUAGCCAGACUGUCCCAGUCACGACUGUGACACGGGUCCCCUCAACUCCCGCGUCCGUUUCUUCUCACACUGCGGAUGAGUCUGACUCCUGUCGCUGGGUAGACAGCGAGGCUACACCCCCGCCGGAUCGAUCCGCAGCAAUGGCACUGAACCAAGACCGCUCGCGCAUGUUCCGGGACAUGACUGCUGCUCAUGGCCGUCGUCACGAGUCUCGCAUCGACACUGCUCCAGAGUCCUAUGCUCUCACCAGCUACAGCCAGCCGUCAUCUCGGAUUCAUUCACCGCUGGCUACCCACUGUGUGCCUGCGGAGCCUCCUCACGCGGCUGGCCACGGUUGCUUUCAACAGCCUCUCCCAGCACAGGUUCCGCAAACGGUGCCCAUCGCCGACUUCGGGGCCCCAAUGCAGCGCCGAACCAUGCAGGCCUACCCGCCUCCCACCUCGGUCGAGAUGACGCGGCCGAUGCAGCCCGUGUCGAGCCUUCCACCUCAGCACUACACAACGCAGCAAGAAAGCAACUUCUACCUGCGACCACCGCCACAAAACUGCCUGUCCCCAACAACCGGAGCCAGGAUGGCCCAGACUGCCUACGCUCCGCGGUCGUCAGUGGAUUAUGCGCCGGCCCAGGACUCGACGCAGAGCAACUACUAUCAGGAAGUGCGGUCUGGUCUCCCGGACCGGCGAACGGUCCGGCAGGAGCGUCCUGCUCCCUACUCCCUCAACUAUAGGGAUCAAAGGCGACGAAGAGAGAGCCAGUGACGGGCACCUCCGACUCCACACAGAAUAUUUAUCACACGUAUAUAGAUUCGUUCCAGAUUGGCUGUCGUUGAUUUCUCUAGUCGACUGUGUUGAGAGCUCCAUUUUUUCUGCAUUUGCUAUCCUGGUAUUAUGGUCUGCUCGGAUGGGGGUUAGUACGAAGACGUCAGGAAGGGUCCAAGCAACAAAGGAGCAGCUCGGGUAUAUAUACAGCGCAGGGAGUAAAUGUCGAAUAAGGGCAGAUUUCAGUAAUU